UGGUUUUGACUUUGGGGGGUGAAAGAGACUGUAGUUAAAAAGGUUGUGCUUGUGCGCGUGAGAGAGAAUAAUCAAACGGGUAAAGAUAUUGAGCACGCAACAUAGGGGUUCCAUUUUGGAUUUAUUUUCAUUCGUCUGUUUGUUUCCCGUGUCUGAAACUCUGCCACGCGAAUACUUGGCCGGUUGGCCCACACUACAUUAAGAUUGAAGCCUUCCAGACCCAGACAGACCAGAGUACUGAACCGGGACGCCAAGCCACCGGCUGCUACUAUGGUGCUUGAGAACCCGGUCGUCUCCGAUAUCUGCGCCACCCUCUUGAGCGGUUGCAUCGUGCUGUCGAUUCUUCGAGUCUGGGUAGAGACCGCCAAACGAGGGUUCUUCGACCAGAAGUUGAAUCGGAAGCUUGUGCAUAUAAGCAUCGGGCUGGUUUUCAUGCUUUGCUGGCCUCUGUUCAGUUCUGGGCAUCGGGGGGCCAUUUUAGCAUCUCUUGUUCUGGGCAUCAAUAUCAUACGAAUGCUUCUCUUGGGACUUGGAAUAAUGAAAGAUGAGGCUAUAGUGAAGUCAAUGAGCAGACACGGAGACUAUAGGGAACUUCUCAAGGGACCACUCUACUAUACUAUAACAAUCACUUUGGCUUGUAUAAUUUAUUGGAGAACUUCCCCCAUUUCAAUUGCAGCAAUCUGUAACCUCUGUGCUGGGGAUGGUUUAGCUGACAUUAUUGGAAGGCGGUUUGGUGGUGAUAAAAUUCCCUACAACAGAGACAAAUCUGUAGCUGGCAGUGUAGCAAUGGUGUCUGGCGGAUUUUUGGCAUCUGUAGGGUAUAUGUACUAUUUCUCCUUAUUUGGAUUUGUUCGGGGAAAUUGGGAAAUGGUUUUGGGCUUUUUGGUUGUGUCUCUUGCCUCAGCACUGGUGGAAUCACUCCCUAUAAGCACUGAGCUUGAUGACAACCUGACAGUUCCCUUGACUUCCAUAUUGGUGGGCACUCUUGUUUUCUGAUUUCAGUAGUUAAGGAAAGCAAACUUGAUGAACAGAGGGAAGUGUUGGGAUUGACCUGACGUAGGGGUGGAUAAUGUAUUUGUUGUAUACUAAAAUUUUGGACAAUUUUAGGACAAGAGAGCCAACUCUUAUUAGGCUUGUAAGAUUAAUUGCACUUGUAUGCCUAUGGGGCUCCUUCUCAAGUGCAUCCUUUUGUUUGGGGUUUGGACAAGACGUUUCUAUUUCAAAUGAAAUUGAUAGAAUCAAUUCAUGUAUAUGAUGUCAUAUUAUUUAAAUUUUUUAAAAGACUAUUAAUAUUGACAUAAUGUACACCGUUGUAUCCAUUUGAAAUGGAGAAUCAUAUUCACUGUGGUUUACCCUUUGUGCCA